UUGACCCUUUCACUGUACCCGCGUCGCAGCGGAUGCUACCCCAUUCUCAUUCACUACUACCACCACACCACAACACUGCACAACCAACACAGCAUGCUUUGUUCGAUCACCGUGCACCUCGCGGAUCGGAUCUGAUCUCUGAGGCGCAAUCGAAUCCAAUCGAAUCAACCAAACCCUCCCUUGUUCCCCUAAACCCCUUCUCAACCCUACUCACUGGUUCUUCUUAACCCCCAUUCUAGGGUUCUUAACUUCUUCCAUUUCCGUUUCCUAAUUCUUAAUCUUCGAUCACUUUUUCUUUUUUGGUUUAUAAUGAAGUUUCUGUGCGGUAAGAGCGUGCUCGAGUUUCCUCUCGCUGAAUUUCGCGAGCACGAUUGAAGAAAGAAACAAAGAAGGGAAAAACUGAAAUUCGGUCGGGUUUUUUGUUUUCUUCACUGAGAGUGGUUGCUAUUCCCUGAUUCCAGAGAAUGGCAGCUUCUCCCGUCAACUUCCUCUUUGGAUUCUUGCUGCUUUCUAUUACAUUGUGGCUUCUGUUCAUAUUUGCUUCUGGGUUGUUGGCUUGGAUUUUGAGCCGGAUUUUAGGAGCGUCUGUUGGAUUUCGUGUUGGUGGUUGGAAAUGUUUAAGAGAUGUGACUGUGAAGUUUAAAAAGGGUGCUAUUGAAUCGAUAUCUGUUGGUGAAAUUAAAGUCAGCUUACGGCAGUCCCUGGUAAAACUUGGUGUCGGUUUCAUGUCUCGAGAUCCAAAGCUGCAAGUGUUAAUCUGUGAUUUAGAAGUAGUUUUGAGGCCUUCAAAUAAAAGCAUUGGGAAGAAGAAAACUCGCAAAUCCCGUGCUUCAGGCAGGGGGAAGUGGAUGAUUGUAGGAAAUAUUGCAAGAUAUUUGUCAGUUUGUGUGACUGAUCUUGUUUUGAAGACUCCGAAAGCUACUAUUGAGAUCAAGGAAUUGAAUGUGGAUAUUUCUAAAGAUGGUGGAUCCAAUUCAAAUUUGUUAGUUAGACUGCAAAUUGUACCUAUUACUGUUUACAUUGGUGAGCCAAGGGUUAGCUGUGAUCAGUUAUCUAAUUUAAGUGGUGGAGGAUGCAGUGGACAAGAAUCCAUUACUGCUAUGGAAAGGUCUUCUGCUCCUUUUGUUUGUGAAAAGUUCUCUGUCUCAUGUGAAUUUGGUCAUGAUAGGGAAGUGGGCAUAAUUAUUAGGAAUCUGGACAUUUCAAGUGGUGAAGUCACCGUGAAUUUGAAUGAGGGGUUGCUUUUGAAAAACAAGAGUUCAUUAGAGUCUUCUUCGGGGUCUGAAAAAAUUAUAGGGUCAAGUGCUGAUUCUCUGAGUGCAAAAAGGACAUCAAAGCAGCAGCAAACACUUGCCGCCUUCUCCAAGUAUGGUUCGAUGUUUCCUGAGAAGGUUAGCUUCAAUCUACCUAAGCUAGAUGUGAAUUUUGUGCAUCGUGAACAUGGUCUUUCCAUGGAAAAUAACAUCAUGGGCAUCCAAUUAAACAGCACCAAAUCACGAUCCACUGAGGAUGUUGGGGAGAGUACACGCCUCGAUUUUCAAGUGGAGUUUAGUGAAAUUCAUCUCCUCAGAGAAGCUGGUUCUUCCGUCCUACAGAUAUUAAAGUUGGAUUUGGUCUCUUUUGUGUAUAUACCAGUACAACCAAGCUCACCUGUUAGAGCUGAGACUGAAAUCAAGCUUGGAGGAACUCAGUGCAAUAUAAUAAUAAGCAGGUUAAAGCCUUGGUUGCUUGCCCAAUCUGGCCAAUCAUCUAAGAAGAAAAAGAUGGUACUUCGUGAAGAAUCUUCCGUUGUAAAACAUCAAUCAAGUGAUAUCAAGAUCAUCAUGUGGACAUGCAAUGUCUCGGCUCCUGAGAUGACAAUAGUUCUUUUCAAUAUGGUUGGCUCUCCAGUGUAUCAUGGUUGUUCUCAAUCAUCACAUCUGUUUGCAAAUAACGUUUCUAGUAUGGGGACCGCAGUACACGUUGAACUUGGUGAGCUAAAUCUUCACUUGGCUGAUGAAUAUCAAGAAUGCUUGAAAGAAAGUGUUUUUGGCGUGGAAUCAAACUCUGUCUCCAUUAUACACAUUGCCAAGGUUAGUUUCGAUUGGGGGCAAAAGGAUGUUGAAUCCUCUGAAGAAGAUGGUCCCGGUUGUAAGCUAGGUUUAUCAGUUGAUGUGACUGGCAUGGGAGUUUUUCUAACAUUCAAGCGUGUAGAAUCACUUGUAUCAACAGCUAUAUCCUUUCAAGCGCUACUGAAAAGCUUAUCUGCUUUAAAGAGAAAAUCGACUCAGAGCCAAGGGCGUUUGACAAAACCUUCAGGGAAGGGAACUCAGUUAUUGAAGUUUAAUCUUGAAAGGUGUUCGGUAUAUUUAUGGGGUGAGACAUCCUUGGAAAAUACGAUUAUUCCAGACCCCAAGCGAGUUAAUUAUGGUUCACAGGGUGGUAGAGUUGUAAUAAAUGUGUCAGCAGAUGGUACCCCACGCAAUGCAAACAUAAUGUCCACUAUUUCCCACGAAUACCAGAAGCUGAAGUACUCCUUGUCUCUUGAAAUCUUCCAAUUUAAUUUGUCUAUGAACAAAGAGAAACUGUCCACACAGAUGGAACUUGAACGAGCCCAAUCUAUCUAUCAGGAGUAUAUGGAGGAAAAUAGGCCAGUAACAAAGGUGGCAUUGUUUGAUAUGCAAAAUGCUAAAUUUGUACAGCGAUCAAGCGGUCUUAAAGAAAUUGCUGUCUGUUCCCUUUUCAGCGCUACUGAAAUCAGUGUAAGGUGGGAACCUGAUGCACAUCUAUCGCUAAUUGAAUUUGUUCUGCAGUUGAAGUUACUGGUACACAAUAGGAAGCUUCAGGAGCGUGAUAAUGAACACAUAGGCGAUAUGUCUCACAUACAAGAUGCUAAUAGGAAAAAUGAAGGUACCAUUGAAUCAGGGCACCAUGAAAAGCAGAAGAAGAAAGAGUCUAUCUUUGCUGUUGAUGUUGAACUGUUAAGUAUAUCAGCUGAUCUAGGAGAUGGAGUUGAAGCUACGCUUCAGGUACAAUCAAUUUUCUCUGAGAAUGCUCGUAUAGGUGUGCUCCUUGAAGGACUCAUGCUUAGUUUCAAUGGGGCGAGAAUAUGCAAGAGUAGUCGGAUGCAAAUUUCGCGAAUUCCUAGUGUCACUUCUAGUGCAUCUGAUGUAAAAGGACAUGUAGUCACAACAUGGGAUUGGGUAAUCCAAGGUCUCGAUGUUCACAUUUGCAUGCCAUACAGAUUGCAAUUGCGUGCCAUUGAUGAUGUCAUUGAGGAUAUGUUACGAGGAUUGAAACUCAUAAUUGCUGCCAAAACUAACAUGAUUUUUCCUGUGAAGAGAGAGAGCUUGAAAGUUAAGAAACCUAGUUCGGUACGGUUUGGAUGCAUAAAAUUUUGCUUACGCAAAUUAACUGUUGAUAUUGAAGAGGAGCCACUGCAGGGAUGGCUUGAUGAACACUAUCAGUUGCUUAAGAAGGAGGUUGGUGAGUUGACUGUCCGGUUGAACUUUCUAGAUGAAUUUGCAUUGAAGGCGAAACAAGGUCCAAAAUCUACUGACACCAACAAUUCUCAUGAUAGAAAAAUCUAUUUUAAUGAUGAUGAGAUUGAUAUGAAAGAUUCUGCUACUAUUGAAUCCAUGAGAGAAGAAAUUUACAAACGAUCAUUCCGAUCAUAUUACCGAGCAUGCCAGAAUCUAGUGUUACCUGAAGGUUCAGGUGCUUGUGCAGAGGGUUUCCAAGCUGGUUUCAAGCCCAGUUCUUCAAGAACUUCUCUUCUUUCAAUAACUGCAUUAGACCUAGAUGUUAGCUUGAAAAAAAUUGAUGGUGGAGAUGCUGGAAUGGUUGAGGUUCUGAAGGAGCUCGAUCCUGUUUGCCUUGAGAAUGAUAUUCCAUUUUCCCGAUUGUAUGGAGCAAAAAUUCUCUUAAAUACGGGGUCUUUGGUAGUCCAGCUUCGGAAUUACACAUUUCCACUUUUCUCUGGAAGUUCUGGUAAAUGUGAAGGCCGUGUUGUGUUGGCUCAGCAGGCAACAAGCUUUCAACCUCAAAUAUAUCAAGAUGUUUAUGUUGGGAGAUGGAGAAAGGUCCAGAUGCUUCGGUCGGCUAGUGGUACUACGCCACCAAUGAAGACAUAUUCAGACUUGCCAAUACAUUUUCAAAAAGGUGAGGUGUCAUAUGGGGUUGGUUAUGAACCAGGUUUUGCUGAUGUUAGUUAUGCUUUCACUGUGGCCCUUCGGAGGGCUAAUCUAAGUGUGAGGAAUCCUGGUCCACUUAUUUUGCCACCAAAGAAGGAGCGGAGUUUGCCUUGGUGGGAUGACAUGAGAAAUUACAUCCAUGGAAAAGUUUCCUUACUGUUCUCUGAAUCCAGAUGGAAUAUUUUGGCUACUACAGAUCCUUAUGAAAAGGUUGACAAGCUUCAAAUUGUGACUAGCUCUAUGGAAAUUCACCAGUCUGAUGGCCGUGUUUUCGUUUAUGCUGAAGAUUUUAAGUUUCUAUUGAGUAGUUUGGAAAGUUUAGCAAACAGACGCGGUUUCAAAAUUCCAACAGGUGUCUCUGGUGCAUUUCUAGAAGCCCCGGUUUUUACUCUUGAGGUUACAAUGGACUGGGAUUGUGAAUCUGGAGAUCCCAUGAAUCAUUAUUUAUUUGCGCUUCCAGUUGAGGGCAAACCUCGUGACAAAGUGUUUGAUCCCCUUCUGUCUAAGACCGUUUCCUCCAUCAGGAAAACUGUCCACUUCUUCCAUUGCCAGGGGCAAUGUUGAACAAGAUCCUACAGUCUAUGAUCCUUCUCACAUAACCCAGAAUGUUUCACCUGCUUCCCCAACGUUUAACUUUGGUGCUCAUGAUCUAGCAUGGAUUCUAAGGUUCUGGAGCUUGAACUACAAUCCUCCACAUAAACUGCGAACUUUCUCUCGUUGGCCUCGUUUUGGUAUUCCAAGAAUUCCCCGAUCAGGAAAUCUUUCUCUAGAUAAAGUGAUGACUGAAUUUAUGAUGCGGCUAGAUGCCACACCAGCCUGUAUAAAGAACAUGCCUUUACAUGAUGAUGACCCAGCCAAAGGGCUGACUUUCACAAUGACAAAGCUGAAAUAUGAGCUAUGUUAUAGUAGGGGAAAGCAAAAGUAUACUUUUGAAAGCAAGCGUGACAUUCUCGAUCUUGUUUACCAAGGUCUUGACCUACAUAUGCCCAAGGCUUUCCUUAAUAAAGAAGAGACUACUACUGUUGCCAAAGUGGUUAACAUGAUAAGGAAAAGUUCACAAUCUGUAUCCAUGGACAAAUUAUCCAGUGAAAAAGGUCACGCAACAGAGAAAAACCGUGAUGAUGGGUUUCUAUUGUCAUCUGAUUACUUUACUAUUAGAAGACAAUCUCCAAAGGCUGAUCCUGUUAGGUUACUAGCAUGGCAGGAAGCAGGAAGAAGAAAUGUUGAGAUGACAUAUGUACGGUCCGAGUUUGAGAAUGGGAGUGAAACAGAUGAACACAUGCGGUCUGAUCCCAGUGAUGACGAUGGUUACAAUGUGGUGAUAGCUGACAAUUGUCAGCGUGUGUUUGUCUAUGGUCUGAAGCUUCUUUGGACUAUUGAAAACAGAGAUGCUGUCUGGGCCUGGGUUGGAGGCCUCUCCAAAGCAUUUGAAUCACCCAAGCCUUCUCCUUCUCGACAGUAUGCUCAGAGAAAAUUUGUUGAGGGAAACAAACAGUGUAAUGGAGCUGGUACCCGUCAAGAUAAUGUUUCCAGGUGUUCUCCUGCUGUUAAUAUUUCCAAUUCUCCUUCUCAGCAUGCAGGCACUUCUGUGUCACUGUCGUCUCCAUCAAAUACAGUUAAGGGGGACAACUUCCGCUCUGCUAUAAACGACAGCAAAGAUGAUUCAGAGGGAAAGCGACACUUUAUGGUGAAUGUUAUCGAGCCGCAGUUUAAUCUGCAUUCAGAGGAUGCCAAUGGUAGAUUUUUGCUUGCUGCUGUAAGUGGUCGUGUUUUAGCCCGGUCAUUUCAUUCUGUCCUUCAUGUUGGUUAUGAGAUGAUUGAGCAAGCACUUGGUACCAAAGAUGUGCAUAUUAGUGAAUACGAACCUGAAAUGACAUGGAAACGAAUGGAGUUCUCUGUUAUGUUGGAGCAUGUGCAGGCUCAUGUGGCACCAACAGAUGUCGAUCCAGGAGCUGGAUUGCAAUGGCUUCCAAAAAUUAGUAGAAGUUCUCCAAAAGUGAUGCGUACAGGUGCUCUUCUUGAGAGAGUUUUUAUGCCUUGUGAUAUGUAUUUUAGAUACACAAGGCACAAAGGGGGCACUCCAGAACUGAAGGUGAAGCCGUUGAAGGAGCUCAUAUUCAAUUCUCAUAAUAUAACAGCAACAAUGACAUCCCGUCAAUUUCAGGUCAUGCUGGACGUCUUGACCAAUCUUCUCUUUGCACGCCUUCCAAAAGUAGUUCCUGAUGGUGUUGAAGAGGUGGAACUUGCAAAAGUCAACCUUGAACAAAAAGAGAGAGAACAAAAGUUGCUUCUUGAUGAUAUUAGAAAAUUGUCUGCUUGGUGUGACACCCCUGGAUCUCCAUGUCCAGAAAAGGAAAGUGACUUGUGGAUGAUAACUGGUGGAAAAUCUGUGCUGGUGCAAGGACUGAAGAGAGAACUUUUAAGCGCACAAAAAUCCAGAAGGGAUGCAUCUGCAUCACUAAGGAUGGCACUGCAAAAAGCUGCACAGCUGCGGCUAAUGGAGAAGGAGAAGAACAAAAGUCCUUCCUAUGCUAUGCGCAUAUCUUUGCAAAUUAACAAAGUUGUUUGGAGCAUGCUUGUCGAUGGUAAAUCAUUUGCUGAAGCAGAGAUUAAUGACAUGAUUUAUGACUUUGACCGGGAUUACAAGGAUGUUGGUGUUGCUCAGUUUACAACAAAAUAUUUUGUUGUCAGAAACUGCCUACCCAAUGCCAAGUCCGAUAUGCUUUUGUCAGCAUGGAAUCCUCCGUCUGAAUGGGUAAAAAAAGUAAUGCUUCGGGUGGAUGCAAAACAGGGAGCUCCAAGAGAUGGAAAUUCUCCCCUUGAACUUUUUCAGGUAGAGAUUUAUCCCCUUAAGAUCCAUUUAACAGAAACCAUGUACAGAAUGAUGUGGGAGUAUUUCUUCCCAGAAGAAGAACAAGACUCUCAACGCCGACAGGAGGUUUGGAAGGUUUCAACCACCGCUGGUGCAAAGCGUGUAAAGAAAAGUUCAUCACUCAAUGAAGUUUCUGCUUCAAGCAGUAACACAACAAAAGAGUCUGAGGCUUCAUCAAAAUCUGGCAUCUCUGCGAUGCUAUUUCCUUCAAGUCAGCCGGCUGAUUCUGCUCAAAUGGUCACCUGCUUGCAGGCCUCCAAGGUGUCAAAUGUCAAAGCAAACCCCAGUACUGGUACUGAUCCCGAGUUGAGAAGAACUUCCUCGUUUGACAGAACUUGGGAAGAGACUGUGGCAGAAUCUGUAGCUAAUGAACUUGUCUUACAAAGCUUCUCUUCCUCAAAAAAUGUCCCAUUUGGUUCUACUGAGCAACAGGAUGAUGGCUCCAAGAAUAAAUCAAAAGAUUCCAAAGGUUUCAAAGCUGGUCGCUCAUCUCAUGAAGAAAAAAAGUUGGCCAAGUCACAUGAAGAAAAGAGAUCUAGGCCACGAAAGAUGAUGGAGUUUCACAACAUCAAAAUUAGCCAGGUCGAGUUAUUGGUUACAUAUGAAGGACAGAGAUUUGUUGUAAAUGAUUUGAAAUUGCUGAUGGACCAAUUUCACCGGGUUGAGUUUACUGGGACUUGGCGAAGACUUUUCUCACGAGUUAAGAAGCACAUCAUCUGGGGAGUCCUAAAAUCUGUGACAGGAAUGCAGGGUAAGAAAUUUAAUAACAAAGGUCAGAGUCAGCCCACUGGAGCUGGUGUUCCAGAGAUCGACCUUAACUUUAGUGACAAUGAAGGCCAGGCAGGAAAAUCUGAUCAGUAUCCACCGUCUUGGCCAAAGCGUCCAAGUGAUGGUGCUGGUGAUGGUUUUGUAACAUCCAUUAGAGGACUGUUCAACACUCAACGCCGCAAGGCAAAGGCAUUUGUGCUCCGAACAAUGAGGGGUGCAGAAGACAAUGAUUUUCAAGGGGAUUGGAGUGAAAGUGAUGUUGAGUUCUCUCCUUUUGCCAGGCAGCUGACAAUUACGAAAGCUAAAAAGCUUAUUAGGCGGCACACAAAGAAGUUCCGCUCCAGAGGACAGAAAGGCUCAUCCUCACAACAAAGAGAAUCGCUACCAUCAUCUCCAAGAGAGACAACCCCAUUUGAUAGUGAUUCUUCAAGCGGAUCCUCACCAUAUGAAGAUUUUCAUGAGUAGAAAUGGUUUCAGUAAUUCCUUUACUUAUCAGUUGUGUGCCACAUAAAGUACUCUCUCUGGCAGCUGACCUUUUCUCUGUUAAGAAAGAACUCGAUGGAAGAAACUUAAAGAGAUACUAUGAGCAGAGAGGUCAGGCAUAAACUGGAAAGAAAACAGGGGACUCGAGAUAUUUUGGCAAUGCAUGGUUUAUGUUGAUUGAUUGAUACUCAAAUGUGUAUACUCACCAAUGUUGAUUAUAGUCAAAUGUGUAUGCUCACUGGCAACCCAAGAGAUCAGUGUGAUUCAGAGCCUUGGUUUCAUCCCCUAUAUUUUCUGUUACCAUCAACCACAGAUUUCCAUUCCUCCAGAUCUCCAGUAACGGACAUCUCCCACGUCAUCCUUGUGUUGUAUAUUCUUGUAGCCACAGGUCAAUUAUUAGAUAGAAAAUUAGGACCCUAAAGGUUGACAUGAUUUUGUACAGACAUUUGAUUAUAUUUUGAAAAAUAGAAUAAAAGCAAUAUUCUCUCUUAACAUCAGUGAUAUAUAUAUGUAAGGUUAGGUUAUGC